AUGGCAGGGAAUACACUCAAAACAUGUCCAGACAUAUGUCCAGCAAAUACGGUGGCGGCGCCGCCUAAAGAGUAUCUCAAAGCCGGCAUGUCAAGGGGUCCAGAGAAUCCACAUGCCUCGCCUUACGUACCGGGUAUGAUCAAACCUCCAGAACCAAAGGUUUACCCGCCAGGUGCUCCGCCUAGAUACCUUCCUCAACCAACUGAUAGCACCAGUGGAGAUAUACUCGGAAUGGGCCCUAUUGGUCCAUGGGCAGCAGGUCAUCUUGAUUGGACGCCACAAGCUGGAACGACUGGUGUCAGACCAGUAGUAGACAAGUAUUCUAUAACCAGGUACUCUACUGGAGAAUGGAGGAACCACAAUUUAUUCAUGUUAACUCCCAGAGCUACAGACAAGGCUAAACACGCUGAUGCAACCAUCAAACGAGAUAUAAAAAUAGCUAAUGAAAAUUUGGACAAAAAACAAGAUGAAACUAAUAGCAAUUUAGGAAAAAGGGUUAAAGAUUUGGGAUAUUGGAAGAAGCAAGUAGAACAAACAUUACGAGCUAUGGAUGAUGAGAUAGAACUUUUAGAUCAGGACAGAAGUAAGCUUAAAGGUGCUUGCAGAAUCCUAAAUCUUCCCGAAGCGAUAUCUAAGGAAUGCCUAGAACUACGUACUAAUAGAUACGAACCAGAUUUAGUGAGAGAUGAUGCUGAGCAAGAAUUAGUAAAAGAGGUGGCCAUUGUUGGAGAAAUAAGAAGAGUUUUCGAAAACACUUUAGCCAAAGUCGAAGAGCAAAUGGCUAAUAAUAGAGCAGCGAAAUCCGCCAUCGAAUCGGAUUGGAAUGAUAAAAUGGUUGCGUUAAAAGUGGAUAAACAAUGUUUGAGUUUUACACCUGAAUCAAGUUUGCUUUUAUAUCAUCCAGGUGUGGCAAGAUGGCCAGAAAAUGCAUCUAAUUUAGAAUAUUGGUUACAUUAUUGCGCCGAGAGUAUUAAAAAUUGUGACGAAGUAAGACAAAAAUCUGAAAAUUUGCGUGGUGAUUUGAUGACCGCAAUUGUUAAAGGCGGUCAAGAUUUGAAAACACAAGGAGACAGAACUAACGCUGCGUUAGCUGAAUCCGUUUCUACAACCGAGGAGCUACGCGACAAAUUAGAAGAGACUUUGAAAGAUAAUUUGAAGACGAUUGCUGAUAUAGAGAAUUUAAUUUCAUAUCUGAAAGAUGAGUUGAGGAAAUUGGGUGAGAGGACGAAGUUGAAUAUGACAAGACUUCACGCUCGAAAUUAUGACAGGCCCAAUGUAGAAAAUUGUAGAGAUGAGGCACAGUAUGCAUUGAUGGCGGAAGCGAAAUUUAUAAAGGAAACCACCGAGAGUUUUAACGGUAGAAUGAGAGAAGCUGAAGCGAUCAGAUCAGAGUUGAUGAAGUAUAGAGGCGACUUGGAAAAGGAAAUAGCUAGCAAGAGGAAAAGCCUCAACAUUGACCAGGACAGACUGGCGAGGGUUCGCGCACAUAUGCCAAAGCCUGAAGAAUUUGCUGGAGGGUAA